UCUGAGUCAUUUGGUACUAGUGGUUACUUGAAGGCGGUGACAUUGUCCUCGGUGGUGUUCAUUACUUCUAAUAGUGCAGCUAACAAAAGUCAAGUUCAAACUAUCUAUUGUCUAUCAAAAGUUAAUGUGGAUUCACCUUGAAAGUUAACCUUUUUAGUCACGAAUAAUGGAAACUUUUCGAUUUUAUUUACUUUUAAUCGUUGCGUGCAUUAGUUACAAACCAAUUCGCAGCUCGUCCUUACGAGGGGUUUUGCUACUUUCUAGGCAUGGACAUCGUAAUCCAACAGCAGGAUACCCCAACGAUCCUUACCGCACUCAUGAAUGGCCUGGGGGCUAUGGCGCGUUAUCGGCCAGAGGAAUCCAACAAUCAUGCAAGUCGGGUGAAACCAAGGCUUUACGCUACAGUCAUCUCCUCCGGCCCAAUAAUAUCUACAUUAAAAGCAGCGUAUCUGAACGCUGUGUUCAGAGUGCGGAAGCAUUUUUGAGAGGAUUUCUUCCGAAUUCACUGCAAAAUAUCAGCAUUAAUAUCGUACCAGCGGCUGAGGAUGAAAGUUUGGUGAUGCCGGGGAAACCAUGUCCCAAGUACGAUCACACUUUGAGCGAAUCACUACUUUUGAACCAAUCCAAAGUUUGGGAAAUCUUGAAAGGGAAUAAGAAAGUACUUGAUUAUGUUGGGAAACAUUCAGGACUGAAUAUAACAUCCCUAGUGGACUUUCUAAAUAUCCAAGACACUCUUGCGAUUCAAGCUUCGUAUGACUUUGAAAUGCCAGCUUGGGCCCAACCUAUCUACAACAACUACAUCAUGCCAUUAUCGCAACUUGCUUACCACAGCUUGACAAAUUCAGCACUAAACCAAGUUAGGAGUGGUGUCCUCUUGAAUGAAAUCAUCGAGAGAUUGCAGAAAGGUGCAAAUGGUUCAGGGGAGAAUGUUAUCUUAUUAACAGGACACGAUAUAAAUUUAAGCGGGCUUUUGGCAUAUUUGAGCAUGGCCAAUCAGAUCGAAGGAAAACCAGGCUUUGCAUCCACUGUGGCACUAGAACUGCACAAAAGCUGGUACUUCCAAAACGAUUUAGAAAUCAGGAUACUAUUCUUCGAAGAUGAAACCGUACAGACCCCAAUUCAAUUGAGAAUCCCUGGAUGUUAUACGCCAUGCGGGUUUGCAAGAUUUAAAAAAACGGUUGCAGAGACGCUUAUAAAAGAUUACGAAAAAAGAUGUAACGAAGAACGGUAAUAAACGAAUAUUGCUGUUCAAAUAAUAAACGAA